AGUUUGGAAAAUUCGUAGAAGCUGUGAAGAGAAGAAAAGUCUACCAUCACCGUACCAUUCCACCUCUAUAUAAUAAUGGUGGCGGCGAAGAGCGAUUCCCAUUAAGUGUCCGCGGCUGCUAGCUCCUCCUCCCUCUGUGGUACGAUCAUCCUCCUCUGCUACGUUGACCAAGAUGGCCGCGCGCCUUGCGCUUGUGGCGACGCUCCUGUGCGCCGGAGCCGCGGCCGCCGCGGCGCAGCAGGCGAGCAACGUCCGCGCGACCUACCACUACUACCGCCCGGCCGAGAACGGCUGGGACCUGGGCGCCCCUGCCGUGAGCGCCUACUGCUCCACCUGGGACGCCGGCAAGCCGUACUCGUGGCGGUCCAAGUACGGCUGGACGGCCUUCUGCGGCCCCGCCGGCCCCCGCGGCCAGGCGUCGUGCGGGAGGUGCAUCCGGGUGACCAACACGGGGACGGGGGCGCAGAUCACGGCCAGGAUCGUGGACCAGUGCGCCAACGGCGGGCUGGACCUCGACUGGGACACCGUGUUCGUCAAGAUCGAUACCGAUGGCAUGGGGUACCAGAGGGGCCACCUCAUCGUCAACUACGAGUUCGUCGACUGCGGCGACAACCACAUCAACUUCCAUGGAAAGAACGAGACGCUACCGGCCAGCACUGGUGCUGUUGAGUAAGUAAAAGCUAGUAGCACAUGCAUGCAUUGAUGUUGCAUUGUUGCGCUGUACGCAAACAUGUAUGCAUGCAUGGCACGGAAGUUGAAUAAGUCAAACGGGAAGUUGGAAUGAAUUUCAUGUAUGAAUCUUAUGAUUGUAACAGCGGAAAGUGAAAUAAAUCUCAGAAGUUGGCAGAAA